GGUCACAAGAUGAUGCGAAGGGAAAAAAACCAACAAAAAAAGAAGCACUGAAAGCGUCCCUACCAUUCAGAACACCCGCCGCAGCUCCAGGGAUUUUCAGCUCCGCAACGAUGAGUGAAUCACUGGUGGUGUGUGAAGUGGAUGAAGAUCUGGUUAAAAAGCUGAGGGAGUUUCGUUUCCGGAAGGAGACCAACAAUGCAGCUAUCAUUAUGAAGAUUGAUAAAGACAAGCAGCUCGUUAUUCUUGACGAAGAACAUGAGGAUAUUUCUCCUGAUGAUCUAAAGGAUGAACUGCCAGAGAGACAGCCAAGAUUUGUCGUCUACAGUUAUAAGUACCAACAUGACGACGGACGUGUGUCUUAUCCCCUCUGCUUCAUCUUCUCCAGCCCAGUGGGUUGCAGACCGGAGCAGCAGAUGAUGUACGCAGGAAGCAAAAACAAACUGGUGCAGACUGUCGAACUGACCAAGGUGUUUGAGAUCAGAAACACAGAGGACCUGACAGAGGAAUGGCUUAGAGAGAAACUUGGGUUCUUCCGCUAAAGCCAUCGCCUCACCCAGAGAUCUGGGAUGUGAGGAGGAUCCCGAUUGCACAACUCGUGACAUCACUUGGAGAGAACACACCACAGUUAACCUUUCCCUCCUCCCUGCAUCAGACCUGAUUUAAAUAGUGUUUGCAAAUGCUCUCAAAAGUCAGUUUUAGGCUCGCUCGGUGGUGUUUAAUGCUCAUUAUGGUUCAUCACACGCCAGAAGGUGCAGACAAUUACAAGCGUUUGAAUGCUUCUCUGUGACUGCCAACAUUUCUAACAUUUCCUAAACCUCACCGACCCGGCAGCCUAAAACUGAAGAUACUGUUUGAUGCAGGUCUGUUAUUGUCUCUGUACAAUCUCUCCUUAUGCCAUUUAUGUGUCUGUUUUGAAUUAAUGAGGGCUGCCUCCAAAAGUUGACUAAAUUGAUCAAAUUUUUAAUUGGUGGGUUGAUUGCAAAGGGGAAAUGACUUCGCCUGCAGGAAGUGGUGACACUCAGUUAUUUGCAGACAGAUAAUGUUUUUUAUGCAGCUACUCCCUGAGCUUUUUGGCUGGUAGUUGCAUAUGAUGGACAGGAAACCAAAAGUGUGGCAUAACUUUGAGAUAAAGGAUAAGCCCAAGAAAUUUUUUUUUGCACAGUGUUAUUACUGUGUUAUUACUUUUAACUUUAUUUCUCAGCCUUGGUUCUUAGAUUUAAAUACAUAAAUUAAUAUGAUAAAUAUGUCACUGCAAUUUCUAGUCAACUACAAAAGUCUUUGGUGGGGGGGCAGCCCUACAAUUAACAUUCUCAUUCCUCUUUAAGUGCAGAAAUGGAUCCUUUCUAUCAGUCAAAAGAAUUCAAAAACUUGUUAACAACGCUUUCUGUUUCUUCUAAACGUUUACACUCUGAACCCACUAAGUUUUACCCUUUCAGUCUUAUUUUUUAGGGUUUUUUUAUAGUCAUUUCUGGUGUUUGUAGGGUUAGUUAAACAUAUACUUUAUAUUCAUUCAUUUUCUUUUAUUGUGAAAAACAAACUUCCUGCCAGAACCUCUGAACAAUCAUAGCUACAGUACUGUGUUUGGUUUAAGUCCAUCUCAUCUCUCCUUUAGUAUUCAUUCAAGGGCAUUUCAGUUAUGAUUUACAGUAACACUAAUACAGCUAUUUAUCUAUAUGAUGCAUUGCAUCUUCUCCUGUGCACAAGAACAAGCUGGCGGAAGCCCUGGAGUGGUGCUUAUUUAGCUGCAGAUGUAACCUUGUUAGUCUGUCAUCAGACAGACUAACAAAUCUCUGUUUAGAGGAGAAAAAAAAAUCAGUCUGAAUUGUGGGUAAUAUGUUUGACCUGCAUGGUUGUUACAAGGAUCUAAUGCUCCAGGAAAACAAUAUUUUCCACCGAAACAUUCCAGACAUAAACAUUUACACACAGAACCUCCGUCUCCAGCGACCAUGACAGUGACGAUAACGCUGUGCACAGGGUGGUACUUCCCGCCCUCUUUUUAAUCUACUGGGCGACUCUGUUUAAAUGGGUUUCUGUGUCUUUAGGGUGAUUGUUAGCUCCUGUCGUGCAUUAUAGCUCUUACUAUUAUCGGUGUUUAUGAAUGUCGUGCUUAAAUCCAAUGUAAAGCCACGUGGAUUGCUUCAUGGUUGUCGCAACCUCGAGAAUGACUGCUGCGAUUUUUCUCCAAAUGCCAGAUGUGCCAGACUUGGCAGGUAAAUGACAGCAUCUGGCUGAUUUACAUUCUCCAUGCAGACGCGGGAUUUGACUGGUGUAGCUUUCUGAAAGGCAGACGCUGAUUUUGUUUUAUGUUUUGAAUGUGCCAGCAGCUCAUUUUUGUGCCAAUGUCUAAUAUCCUCAGCUCAGUCUGUAUUUUUUUAGCUUUGAGCAUUUUUAAAAUACAUUGUGCUGGAGCACGCAGCUCAAACACUUUACAAAUGUAUGUAUUUGGCUUUUCAUGCCCCAAAGGGACAACUUUUUUUUUUUUUUUGUUCCCUGCUGAAUAUUGUCAGCAUUUAAACCAGUGCAGCACACUACCCAAAGGAUUAGCAGCUCUGAGCAGCAGAAUGACCAACCCCAGAUAGUUAAAGCUGUAUAAGAAUGUACUAUGCAUGUAUUGCAGAUAAUACAGGCUGGUUUUAUUAUGAUAGAACAGGAGUAACCUCAGUAGUGGAUGACCUGAGUAGCACACUUCUUUUUUAAAAUAUUUAAUAAAAACCUAACAUCAGCUCGGUAUAUUGGUCUGAGCCUUAUCGUGGGUUAUUUUUUUACCCUGAAUUAGCACAGUGAUUUGACACUGCUACCACACCAAGGCCAAAAGCAGUUUUUCCCAGAAACCUUCCCAGCGAUCUGGCUCAAAGAUGUGUUCGCACAAUCAAACUGCUCCGCAUGAAUCAUCAGUAAGGGGAGGGUUUUAUCCAACAGGAAGGGUGGCACAUGUCUGAUCACUUGUUUUGAUGUCUACUAAUAACGCUACACAUUUUGUCAGCUUGGUAUUAGCCAGUUUUAUGCUGCCGCAGCAGAAAAACACAGCUCCACUAGAGUGAUAGUCAAGUUUAUAAAGUUUUUUUUUUUAAAUGAUCUUAAAUGACCUGAAAAAUGCUUCAGAAACUCGGGAAAUUCUGCAAAAUGCACAUUGUCAGCUUGAAAUGAAUACUGUUUACUGAAUGAAAAUCAGCCUAACUCUAUAAUGUGCAAUGUACUGGGUUAGAUGUGAAUAGAUUUUUCUAAAUUCUAAAGACCUCUAAAAUGUGGAGAGCUACUGGAGAAGAAGUGCGCGUUUUAAUGUAAGUGAGCCUUACAGAAGGCUUCCUGGUGACAUGUUUUCUGAACAGCUGCAUUGAAGUCUCUGAUACCGUUUAUUUGCACAUGAACGCUUUAAAAGGUUUGCAUCUCAAUCAUCAGGUGUGGUGAUGUUUCUAAACUGACAGUACUGUCUCUAAAGAAAGCCUCUGCUAUUGCUAUUUUAAAUGGGAUGUGUAAGAAACUGUCCAUUCAUUGUGUAUCAAACUCCAGUUAACUAAGAGCCCCCUUUUGGUUUUGAGCCAUGUAUCUGGUUAUGUCCUGUGGAUCUAAUAGCUUUUCCUCUUUAUGUGGUGAAUGCGUAUAUUUUUUGGCCUCUAAAGGUUUUUUACUUUAACCUGCGAUUGUGUUGUCAGCUCUCGGUGUCCUUUGAUUAAAUGCCUCUUCUAUUUUCUUUCCUUUUUACUAAAAUGCACCUGAAACAUCUGUCAUAACCAGCUGCCUCGUGGCAUCAGUGAAACUUGAGAUAUUUGUAUUUUCCCAUACUUUAUAAAAGUGUCUUGUCCUGUUGUCCAAAUAAAAUGACAGUGAUAGUUA